AUGGCCAGAGUGAAGGGCACGUAUAAGAUCAGCAAGUCUCCAACACGCAAAGCGCCGAAAGGCAAGGCAGGGGAUCACAGGCUCCAUGAGGUCAAGCGAGGCGCGGACGGCAGGAACUGGGUGGUGGGGAAGAGGACCGACGGCACCAAGUUCUGGCACCACCAAUCCAUCGGAAAGAAGUCGACUCCCGGCAGGAAACUCCCCCCUUGGGCGGCAUCCUGCUUCAAGUACGGCACCCACAAGCGGGGACUAGACGGGUGCGUCUACAGCGCCUUCAAACCCCGAGGUGGAAAGAUCUUGCGGUGGAGACACACCACAGGCGGCCCCGAAUGCGGCAACUGGUCGAAAGGACCCCCACGGCAGGCGCCAACCGAGCCCGCAGACGGGAUGCCCCGCCGGAGACUGAACGGGGUAUGGGUAUCGGUUGCACUGCGCCGUCGCGUCGGCCCCUCCGGCGGCCUCCGCGUACAGCUCGGCGGCGCGCGCCUCGUCCUUCUCCACGCCCGUGCCGCGCUAGUAGCAGACGCCCAUGGAAAUGAGAUCAAAGGCCGGACUUUGUGGAGCGCAUAG